AUGGUAAGGAUCAGCGUCUCACUGGUUCCACCAACACCGAACACUCACGAUGGUAAUGUUUAUGCUCGAGCGCGGCGACACCGGAGCGGGACGUGGGACUUGGUCAUUGAGGACGAUGAAGUCGUAUACCAGCGCAUGUCUGGCGACGACCUGCCACCCGAAGUCUUCGUGCCGAAAUACUUUAGAUUCCACGCAGAAUCAAAGAUCGAAAUCGAGCGCUUCAAGAAAGGCUGGCGAGUACGAUUCCUCAACUGCGGUUCCAUCACCAAAGCAGCUAUCAAGGGAAACCUUCCAGGCGAUCCGAAACGGGAGUUCAUCAAGGAUACGUCUUAUUACGCGCUAUACCCGCCGUCGGCUGACUUCGAGCACGAGGAGUACGAUGCUGGCAGUGAAGACGAGGAUGAGGAUGAGGAUGGGGACGACGAUGGCGAGGUGAAUGUCGCGAGGCGGAGCAGGCGAGAGAAACACCGAGACCGUAAGACAUAUCCAACAUGGAGGCCGGAAGUUGCAAAGCACAACAAGGAUGACUGGGAGGAGUUUGUGGAGGGACUGAAGCGCAUUGUUGAGGAGGCGGGUGGUGUGUUCAGCAUGCUCGGUUGA